AGAAAAAUUCGAAUUUCAUAUAUUUCCAUAUUUUUUUCCGUUUAAAGACUAAAAUAAUUUACGUGAAAAAAAAAUGAGACUAGCCAGAUUUACGGAAUUUGGUAAGAAAAUCAUCUGUGUUGGACUAAAUUAUAAAUUACAUGUUAAAGAGAUGAAAAAUUCGUUACCAACCACACCGAUCGUAUUUUUAAAACCUCCAACCGCUUAUGUGAUCAAUGAAGGUUCGAUUAGGAUACCGAAAAAUUGUCAAGAACUUCAUCAUGAAGUUGAAUUGGGCGUUGUUAUCGGACGUAAAGGAUCAUCUGUCAAUGAGAAUGAAGCUGAAGAUUUAAUUGGUGGUUAUGUGAUAGCCUUAGAUAUGACGGCAAGAGAUUUACAAUCAAAAGCAAAAAGUUCAGGUAAACCAUGGUCAAUAGCAAAAGGAUUCGAUACUAGUUGUCCGGUAGGAAAUUUCAUACCAAAAGAAGCACUUCCAAAUGCAAAUUCAUUGGAUAUAUGGUGUAAAGUGAAUGGCCAAUUAAAACAGAAAGGAAACACUUCCGAUAUGAUUUUUACAAUACCUCAUCUUAUCAGCUAUAUUAGUCAAUAUUUUACAUUGGAAAUUGGUGAUCUUAUUCUAACCGGCACACCCGAUGGUGUUGGUCCAGUCAAUAGUAAUGACAUUAUCGAAAUAGGUAUUGGUGAUAUAUCAAAAGCUUCAUUCAAAAUUGAAUGAAUGAAAUGAAUAAUUUUAUUUGAAUAUAUUAAAAAAAUUGAUCAAAUAAAUCAAA